UAAUGGUACAAUUACAUAAGAAGUGCUUCAAUAGGCAGGCCCACCCAAGUCUUCGAACAGUGGAAUCAGCUCCCUUGAGAUCUUCCAAUAUCACAAUGAUGUGGACUGUAGUUUUUCUGGGCGUCUUGGGCGUCUCCAUGGCGAAUGUAAUGACGCCACAAAAUCAGAACAUCAUCCUUCAACUACACAACGAGGGACGCCAGAUGCUGAACGAGGGUGAGGUCCCUUACGAACCUGGAGCGGAACACAUUCCCUUUCUCAGAUGGAACGAAGAAUUAGCAAGAAAAGCCCAGACACAUGCAAACACAUGUCAGUUCAAGCACUCAUCAAGACCAAAGUUCGGCGAGAACCUCUACAUUGAGAAGUCGUCCCGAUCGGAGGCAGAGGUCAUCAGUAGAGGUUUCCAUGCUUGGUGGAACGAGGUUGACACAUUCCGCUUCAGUGACAAGGAAUGCAAUCCUACCCAGAGUUGCCAUUACUCACAGGUUAUCUGGGAGGAGACUGAGGAACUUGGCUGUGCUUUGAAGAACUGCCCCCAAAUCCCUCAGUUCCGAGGUUUCAAUGACGUAUGGUUCCUGGUGUGUUACUACGAUCCCAAGGGUAAUUGGAUCGGAGAGGAAGCUUACGAACCAGCGAAAUAGAGGCUUCAUAGGAUGGAUAAUAAUGGACGACUUUCGACCGGAUGCGGCCUGUUCGAGGUGUUUAAAUAAAGCAAAGUGAUUGCAAAAGUAGCAAACACAA